GUCAGCUCUCUGCUCUUUCUUUCUCUGUUUCAGAUUAAAUUUGGUUUGCUUUUCUUCUUUCUUUUGAAUUCUAAAUCUGUUGAGUGUUGAUAGAGGAGGCAUUCCGAUCGAUGGAGAAUCCAAAAGUUCAGGAGAUCCUGGAGAAGCAACUCUUGACGGUCGCCAGGGCUGUAGAAGACAAGCUCGACGACGAGAUCGCUGCUUUAGAUCGUGUAGACAAUGACGAUCUCGAAGCAUUAAGAGAGCGGAGGCUUCAGCAGAUGAAGAAGAUGGCUGAGAAAAGGAGCCGUUGGAUCUCCCUCGGCCACGGCGACUACUCUGAGCUCCCCUCCGAGAAGGAUUUCUUCUCCGCCGUCAAGGCCAGCGAACGCGUCGUUUGCCACUUCUACCGUGAGAAUUGGCCCUGCAAGGUGAUGGAUAAGCACUUGAACAUUCUGGCAAAGCAGCAUAUGGAGACACGUUUUGUGAAAAUUCAAGCUGAGAAAAGCCCCUUUUUGGCUGAAAGGCUUAAGAUCGUAGUUCUUCCGACCCUUGCCCUUAUAAAGAAUACCAAAGUAGAUGAUUAUGUGGUGGGUUUUGAUGAGCUUGGUGGGACAGAUGACUUCAGCACAGAAGAUCUGGAGGAGAGGCUAGCCAAGUCUCAAGUCAUCAUUCAGGAUGAAUCAUCAAUAAAUCCAUCCAAGUCAAGCGGAUCAGUCCGGAGGAGUGUCCGGCAAAGUGCAGACUCUAACUCAGAUUCAGAAUAGCUUCUGGUUCAUCAGAAACUACCUACUCUGCAGUGGAUGGAGAUUGUGAGUCCAUCUCCUCUAGCUUCAUUUGCUUGAUGUUUUUUUUCCAAUGACAGCAUUAUCAAUAUGGCGCUGGAUGGAGUUGGAUCAGAUAUUUCCCCUACAAUCAAAAUCUAUUAUAUAGACUGUUAAUUGUUAAUCUUUUUCGAUAUAGAGGGAGAACAAAGAUGAGAAUCGUGUGUUAAGCUCUAAUGAGUUUAUGAUAAAGUAUAUUCUCUUCAAGUAGGUUAAAGAAGGUCACCUUGACCAUCUCUACUGCAUGUGGUGUCAAAUUUGUACUGAACUUGAUUUGAGAACGGUGCUAGCUUACAUAUCUUGAG